AGCGUUUGUACCUCAAGCUUCUGCGACGAUGCACCUGCCAGCCCACAUCGGAGAUUACACUGACUUCUAUUCUUCACGCCAACAUGCCACAAACGUUGGGAUCAUGUUCAGGGGGAAGGAGAACGCUUUGAUGCCUAACUGGCUGCACUUACCUGUCGGUUACCACGGCCGGGCAUCGUCCGUCAUGGUGUCUGGGACACCCAUCCGCAGACCUGUGGGGCAAAUGAGACCUGACAAUGAUAAACCUCCAGUGUUCGGUGCUUGUAAGCGUCUGGAUAUCGAGUUAGAAAUGGCAUUCUUUGUGGGUCCUGGAAACAAGUAUGGGGAGCCAAUUCCUAUCAGCAGAGCCCAGGAGCACAUCUUUGGGAUGGUCCUUAUGAAUGACUGGAGCGCCCGUGACAUCCAGAAAUGGGAAUACGUUCCUCUGGGACCGUUCCUGAGCAAGAGCUUUGGCACAACCAUCUCUCCCUGGGUUGUUACCAUGGAAGCUCUCAUGCCAUUUGUGUUGCCAAACCCUGUCCAGGAUCCCAAGCCGCUGCCCUACCUUCAGGACAAAGAGCCCUACACUUUCGACAUCAAGCUCUUUGUUGCUAUUAAAGGAGAAGGAAUGAGCAUGCCAACUACUAUAUGCAGAACCAAUUUCAAGCACAUGUAUUGGACCAUGAAACAGCAGCUGGCUCAUCAUUCGAUCAACGGGUGCAACCUCAGACCUGGAGAUCUCCUGGCCUCCGGCACAAUCAGUGGACCCGAGCCAGAGAGCUUUGGCUCCAUGCUGGAGCUGUCCUGGAACGGAACAAAAGAAAUCCCUCUUGGCAGUGGACAGUCUCGUAAAUUCCUGCAGGAUGGAGAUGAAAUAAUUUUGACAGGUUACUGCCAGGGCAAUGGCUUCCGCGUGGGAUUCGGCCAGUGCUCAGGAAAAAUCCUUCCAGCCCUGUUGGAUCCAUGAUGACUGGAGUAAGGGGACAUCCAAGGAGGAG